CUUGCCACGUUUCCGAUUUUUUCUCUGUCGAAACGACGCUGAUUGUUUUGCGCUGCAGGAUAUACGCCACGCCAUUCCAUCAGGAUUGAUUUUUGGUUAAAACAGACUCAGAAGAAGUUCAUAUAAUCUUCUUCUUCUUCUUCUUCUUUCGAUUGCAGCAAUGUCCACCACCAAGGUCUACAUAGUCUACUACUCUCUGUACGGACAUGUGGUGACUAUGGCACGGGAAGUGCAUCGAGGAGCCAACUCCAUUGAAGGUGUUGAAGCUACGCUUUGGCAGGUGCCCGAGACCCUCCCUGAUCGGGUAUUGGAAAAGAUGAAAGCCCCACCCAAAGAGGGGGAUGUGCCAAUCAUCAGGCCGGAACAACUUACAGAAGCUGAUGGAUUUCUAUUUGGGUUCCCUUCUCGAUUUGGGAUGAUGCCAGCACAGUUGAAAGCAUUUUUUGAUGCAUCCAAUGAACUGUGGGCAUGCCAAGCACUUGCGGGCAAACCUGCUGGCAUCUUCUGGAGCACUGGUUUCCAUGGAGGAGGUCAGGAGCUUAGUGCAUUGACUGCCAUAACACAAUUAGCACACCAUGGAAUGAUAUAUGUUCCCCUUGGGUACACCUUUGGGAGUGGCAUGUUUGAGAUGAAUGAGGUAAAGGGCGGCUCCUCUUAUGGUGCUGGAACUUUUGCAGGAGAUGGGUCACGCCAACCAACAGAAUUAGAACUACAACAAGCAUUUUACCAGGGCAAAUAUGUUUCUGAAAUAGCCAAGAAGCUCAAAGAUAAGCCUCCCCCGUUUCAGUAGUAACCUUUUGAAGAUGAAACUGUAAAGCUUGAUGAAAUUGAACAAUGUGACUGAGCUAUCUCCAACCAAAAUUUAAAUGUACAAUUUGUAAGAGGAGGUGGCUAGUUUCUAUCUACAAGACGCUAAGCAAAGAUCAUGCCAACUUGGUCACUAUGGCCACCCAAUUAAUUGUAUGCUUCUGGAUUUGUAUAGCAAACAUAAUAUGCUAGUAUAUUAGUAGACACAUAUGUUAGUCUAGAUGAUGCAA